AAUAAGAUAUGGUCUUUGUAUGAUUAAAGCUGACUGAAAAUUACAGAUUACUUAUCACGCAUUAAUUAGCGUGUAAAAGUAACUGUAUUUUAUCUUUGAUUUUGUUACAAGUUUUCCAAAAUGGAUGUGCUUGAGAAAGUUCAUAAAUCGCAAAUUAUGCUUAUAUGGAGUUUAGGAAUAAUGACAUUUUAUGGGAGUCCCGCUUGCUGUUUCAACGUAUCGGAUGGAAGUGCAUUACACACAUACCUACUGAAUGGCUAUAAUCGGUUUGUCCGACCGUCCAGCACUGUUGACGUAGGACUAGAAUUUCACCUCCUGACAAUCAACCAACUGGAUGUCCGCUCUCAAAAGUUAUCAACGUCGGGUUGGUUUACAUUGACCUGGACUGAUCCACGUUUUAACUGGUCAAGCGCUAGUUAUGCUAAUAUUCUUGAGACCUAUGUCCACGAAGAUAAUGUAUGGCUUCCGCAGAUGGUUGUUGACAAUACAUUUGAUAAAAUAUCUGCAAUGUCCGGUUCAAAUCUUUUGUUACGUGUGACGUCACAUGGACUUGUCACGUGGGAGCCUCCCGGUCUAUACAACACGCACUGCGCCGUCGAUACAACAUGGUUUCCUUUCGAUGUGCAAACUUGCAUAAUAUCAGUAUCAGGUUGGUCAUAUAACAUGGAAGAUCUUAAUGUAACGAACAAAGUAUCACAUAUUUCUACCAACGACUACAGAGUGAACGGUGAAUGGCUGUUAUCGCGCACGUACAUCUCCUCCAUACCAAAGGAAGGUCGAUCACAUCUAAACCUCGUCCUACAACUAGAAAGACGAUCUGCGUUCUACGUCAUGAAUGUCCUCGUUCCUGUUUUGCUGACGUCACUCUUGACCCCGAUGGUUUUCAAGCUGCCUUCUGAGUCGGGAGAACGAAUAUCUUUUAUAUUGACGGUUGUGCUUGCCAUUGAGGUCCUUUUGACAGUUGUAUCCGCUCACAUGCCAGCAACUUCACUCCAUACGUCAGUUAUGGAACUGUAUCUGGUGAUGGUUCUAAGCAUAUCUGCCUUAGCUGUAAUACUGACGUCACUGAUACUGAAUCUUUACCAUAGAGAGGACGACAUGGAACUUCCAAAAGGGAUUCGGUUAAUGCUACAAUGUCAUCAACAAUUACAAAGACGAACGCAAGUAGGAAGCGCCAAAGAAGAGACGGGACAUGCUAUGCACAAGCCUUGUAACACAAGCAACGACGAAUCUUCGUCAAGCGAUGAAAAACAUGCAAAUAGCAACGUGGUGGAGGAAUUUGAUAAGAUCGGCAACCUUAAGAAUAACAAGAGGAUAACGUGUCAAAAAUUGAGCACACAUCUUGAUGACAUUUUCUUUUGGGUGUUUUUCGGUCUUACUCUGUUGUGCACUUUGAUUUUUAUGUUGACAAUGGGGUUUGGAGGUUCAUAGUUGCUAUUCCAAAAUAACUUUUACAUACUGAAAAUACUUCGUACCAGUCCACAUACCUGGAUUCGUUCACCUCACCUCAAACUCGGCGACUUGCGUAUACCACUUACACUUGUAGACUCUACUUUUUGUGUAAUGCUGUCUCUGUUUUGCACGCAAAUUCGACUGUUAGCAAUAACGCUUGCAGGUACAAGCCACAACUGAAAAAACGUAAACUGCAGUCUCCUGUUUUGUAAACUAAUCACUUAAUUAUGCACGCUUGAUAACAUGUUUAAAAUACAAAACAAACUUAGUUUAAAUACCCAUUCCAUGAAUACGUUCACAUCUAAUCUUUUGACAUUUAAACACUUUUUUAAAACCUUUUUUGUAACUAAUAUGUUUACAAUACCGCGUGGGCGAUGACGGCUACAAUUGAAAAAAAACAUACAACUCUUAUUACACAUUCCUGGUAUACGUUCAUAUGAAAUCAUGUCAAGUUAUUAGACCAAGUCGACAACAAACAACUAUGUUGUAUGUUUACAACAUACAACUCUUAUAACACAUUCCUGGUAUACGUUCAUAUCAAAUCCUGUUGUUAAGUUAUUAGACCACGUCGACAACAUACAACUAUGUUGUAUACAACAUACAACUCUUAUAAAACAUUCCUGAUAUACGUUCAUAUGAAAUCAUGUGAAGUUAUUAGACCAUGUCGACAACAUACAACUGUGUUGUAUGUAUACAACAUACAACUCUUAUAACACAUUCCUGAUAUACGUUCAUAUAAAAUCAUGUGAAGUUAUUAGACCACGUCGACAACAUGCAACUGUGUUGUAUGUAUACAACAUACCACUCUUAUAACACAUUCCCAGUAUACGUUCAUAUGAAAUCCUGUGUUAUUAGACCACAUCGACAGUCUUUUUGUAAACAUUAUCUCUGCAGUUCACGUUAAUUUUAUGAUUUAAGUCGUGCAGUUAUUAAAGCUAGGACUGGAAACUGUUUUGUUUAAGUAACAUAAUAUAAUAUAUAGUAUAUAGUACAUUUAUAAAUAUAGUGACAUCAUCACAAGCACUACCAUAACAUUUUAUCAGCCGGAAAUACUAUGAAAUAAUUAAUUUAAUUGGGUAAUCGUCUUCCACGAAUUAUUAGGUCCAUGAAGUAUUUGCAAGCUUGACAUGAAGCAAUUCAUCGUGUAAGAGGGUACUCCUAAUCCACGAAUUUAUGUAUCAAUGAAAUGGUAGUUUUUCUGGAAACUGCAAAUUUUGGGCCCCACGAAAAUAUCUGAUGUCGCAGUAUGUUAAUAACAUGCCAUGUAAGUGGAGAGAUAAAAUCUUGAUUUUCGCAAUCCGCAAUGAUUAGAAUUUGUAACGGCAUAACCUUCGUAGGCUGUGAUUGACCGAUACCAGUUGUUCACAUUUCCCACUUUUUAUCCUCUACUCUCCUUUUUCUGUAGACACAAACCCCUUAACAAUUAUUUUAACAUUUCUCCGGGGACAUUAUAUAUCGAUUUCCAUGUAUAACACUACUGGUACUUAUCGCUGUAUAAUAGAAAUGAAACGUAAUAAUAUAAAUACCCAGAGUUCAGGUUGCAUUUCUUUGUUGUGUAUAUUUAGAUUUGUCAUCACGAUUAAUUUCCCUGUUACUUUAUAGUCCUACAUCACAGUUUUACGAUAUAGCCCAAACAGACCUAAACAUGAAUAGGAUAUUUGCGUUAAAACAAUAUUACCAGAAACGCACCCAUUCGAAUUCUCCAGAGAAAUUUAUUUCUAACUCAUAAAUAAGGAGAUUCAAUUGUAGUUCGUUAGAAUUGCACGGAUAAGGAUUGUACUGAAUAUACAGUGUUAAUUACAUGGGCCGACAUUGAAAUCCUGUGUGAAGUUAUUAGACCACGUACAUUGUUCCCUAUAGGAACACAUGUUUAUAGACAAUUAGUACAGUUUUUACCGUUUUGGCAAAAACAGAUAAUAGAACGGAUGAUGUUGAUUGCGUGCAAGUUUACAUGAAGGUGUUUCAUAUAUGUAUAUACAAAUAUGGAUAGAUGAUUUAUAUUGUCAUAGUUAGGGAAAAAUCAAUAAAAGGGUUAACAGCAAUCGACUCACUAUCAUCCUUAUA